CAGCUGGUUGCUCAGAUGUAUCCGGCAAUGCCAAGCCUUGGUCAUUUCCUGUCAGCUGCCUGCCAUGUCCGUGCGGCUGCGGUCUCGUGAUGGGGACGUUUUCGAGGUGGGCCGCUGGCUCAUUGACCUGAGCCCGGUACUCUCCAGCACGGAGAGCGACGAUGAGAUCCCUUUGCCCCUCAUCGGCACCUUCGCCUUGAAGCUGCUGCUGGCACACUGCCAGGAGUACCGGAGCCAGGGACGUUGGAUUCUGAGCCGGAAGCUUUCCUGCAGCGACCUGGAGAAGCUCUCUGGUGCGGCUCACUUCCUGGCACUGGAGCGCUUGGCGGGGCUGUGCGCCGCCAAGUUGGCAGAGCUGGUGCUGAAGCAGGACGCGGCGCUUCAGCUAAGCCCGCGGACGCUGCGCCGCCUACUGGACUUCCGCGGCCAGCUGCCCCCAGAGGCCCUCUGUGCCGUGAUCACCGCGUCCGCCCUGGAGGCCCUGGAGGCGGUGGCGCGGCAUAGGGGCCACGCCCACCCAGAGGUGCGCCUGGCCGUGGUGCAGGCGAUGAGCCGGGCCCGUGAGGCGCCAGAGUGGAUCCAGAGCAGGCUGCAGGUGGAGAAGGAGCCACGUAUCCAGCAGGCACUGCUCUCCUGCCUGCAGCACAGCCGCAGCGCUUGGAGCAGCAAUCAGAUCUCGAAGCUCCUUUGCUUCCUGGCGCCUGCGCGCGUUGGCGCCGUCCGGCUCAGCGCUCUGGACGCGCUGUCGGCGGUGGCGGUCCCGGACGACGCGGCCGCAUUGGCGGCGCUGCUGGGAGCGCCGCCCUACGGGCGCCAGGGGCUGCGGGACACGCAGCCGGCGGUACGUCUCCGGGCACUUCAGGCGCUGAGGCAGCUGGUGGCGAAGAACCGCAGCCUACAACUGCUUGAGGCUGUAGCCGCGCUCCUGCAGGACAUGGAUGACCAGGUGCGGCAGGAGGCGGUGGACGUUUUGGCCUGGCUGGGCAAGGGCAACGUCGCGGCCAUCCAAGGCGCAGUGGACUGCUUGCGGCACAGCACCUCCACGGUGAGAAGCUGCGGCAUCAAAGCCCUGCGGCUGGUGGCGCGAGGCAACUCCGCGGGAGUUGCUGGGAUUUUGCAGCGCAUGGCUGCCCCAAACUGCCGGGGCACCUGCGUCCUGGCGCUGCUGGCGGUGCUGCCUCCGCUGGACGCCCUCAAGGUCUGCAUCUCUUGCCUCGCGAGACCCGGCACCCGCGAGGCGGUGCCGGAGUGUCUGGCCACGCUGCGGGCGCAGAUUCGGAAGCCCAAGGCGGUGGCUCGGACCCUGGCGGCGGCGCUGCCGAAAUAUUUGGCCAGCAAGGAGCCCUGCACGAGACUUUGGGCCCUGCGGAGCCUGCGUGCGGCCGACACGCCCAAGCGCUUAUUGGCCCGCGCGGGCCUACGGCUUCUGGACAAGGAGCUCUCGGUACGGCAGGAGGCCUGCCUGGUGGCCGAGCGCCUCUCCAGCGAGCAACGUGUGGAGCUCCUGUCGCCGCUAGUGGCGCAGCUUUCUCACAAUCACGGGCGGCAGCGGCUGGUUGCAGCUGCUUUUGCCCGACUGGCUGAUCCUCGCACGGAUCGCUUCGUGGCUUUGCUGGCUCCGGCGUUGCGGCACAGGCUGCCCAAGGUGCGCCUGGCCGCUUCGGCCAUCCUUUGCCAACUCAGCACUGAGCAGGGGCCUGCAGCGCUCCAAGUGGCCGUGCAGGUUUUGGCGGAGGGUCCGCCGGAGGCAAAGGACACAAGUUUCCGGGCGCUGGCGGCCAUUUUGGAGGGGUCCAAGAAGGCGCUGGACUUGAACGUUGCCCUGCCCUUCGCCAAGCUGCGCCCUCGCGCCGCUUUGGCGCUAGCACGGCGCAUGGGCUCCGGCGAUGAGCUGGUGAGACACGAGGAGUUCGUGGAGGCCUUGGUGUCCAUGCUCUUCGCUGGGCCGGUGGCACGCCGCUACGCCACCCAGGCCCUGCAAUUGGCUUCCGCCGGGCCUUCAGAAGGCGGCGCCCGCGCAGUGAGAGCGGUGGCACGACUAUUGCAGCAUCACAGGUGGCAGGUGCGCUGGAGCGCAGUGGCAGUACUCCUGGCAGCACCUCGCACGCGGCAUGUCACCAAGGCCGUGAAGGACGUCGCAGCUGCAAGCCCCCAGCGCUUCGUACGGGACGUUGCGGAGUACGUUUUGCGGAAAGAAGAUGACCGUAGCCUCUGCCAGCAGGUGAAUCGUCUUGCUGCUGAAGAUGAAAAUGUCCAGAAGCGACCGAGGGUGAAGGCGGAGCGCAAGCGCAAGUUCGCUAGGCUCGUGCCCGGAAGGAGCCACACACUUCACUUGGACUAGUCGACCGGCACAUCUUGCACUCAGUGAGAGGGCCCUGGGAAAUGAUCGAGCAUCCUCCAUUCUGAGCACUCCGAUCAACUCCCUCCUGGCCUCGAAGGCUUUGCUGCGCGUCCUGGCGGUGGUUGGAUCCCGGGCGGGCGCAGAGCUGCAGGGCCGAGGAUCGACAUGCUCGACCGGCACGUGCGCAAGGUGAGGUGCUUCUUUGCUUGGACACCCAAUCCUUUGCGCUGCUUAUCUAUGAUUUUCUACGGUGAAGGCAACGUGUUCUUCGGCACCUCUCAGGACAUCGCUGGAUAAUGAUUCUGCCGUGCUGUGCUACGAGGAUACGGCUGUGCCAAACUGGCCUCAUUGUGCUGGCCUGGGUCGACUUCCGUUGGCUUGGACGUUGCUCUGCCGGCGCUGCCGAUCUUGAAGCAAGAUGCGGGUUCGGCUUCGGAACUACGGCCACAGCAUGCCCUGUUAAUGAGACGGACUUCCUGCUUUGCCCAGGACGCACAUUCACAACCUCCCUCACAUCUAGAACCAGCAUAGUCACAGCUACGACUGUGACUUCAAGCACCGUAAGUGUGACAUGGAAAAACUGGCGAUUGCACGGCGAGCUCCGGCAAAUUUGCAGCGGCUGUUUCAGCGAUCUUUGAUUGUCGUUCUUGCAACCCCCAGCAAAGCUGCGGCAGGUGAUCUCAGC